AGGCAUGACAGUUUAGCGGGUUUCUUCCCCUGAACGUGCAACCUCUCCCAAGGUCACAACUCGCUAGCAGCUCAGAUCUUUGCCAAAGCAACACAAUCCACUCAUUUGUCACUUUCCAUUCAUUUCAACAUGGCAACUCGAUGGGGACUCUGCGGCGCGGGGAAGAUAAGCCAUGACUUCAGCGUGGCCAUGAAGACUCUGCCUCCUGGAGAUCACCAGAUAACAGUCAUUGCGUCAAGGAGUUUGGAGCGUGCCAAAGAUUUCAGCAAGAAACACGGCGUUCCAAAGGCUUACGGCAGCUAUGAGGAGCUGGCCAAAGACCCGGACGUUGACAUCGUGUACGUGGGAGUGCUGCACACCGAACACUGGCGAGUGGGUCUGCUCUUCCUCAACGCGGGGAAAAACGUGCUGUGUGAGAAACCCUUUGCUAUGAACUCCAGACAGGUGAAAGAUCUUGUCGCUGCAGCCAGGAAAAACAACGUCUUCCUGAUGGAGGCCAUCUGGUCCCGCUGCUUCCCUGUGCACGCCGAGGUGCGCAGGCUGCUGGCGGAGGAGGCGGUGGGGGAGGUCAAGCUGGUGAAGGCCUACUUCGGCUCUCCCCAGCUCCACAUUCCCCGCUCGGUGGAGAAGGAGCUGGGAGGAGGAGCUCUGCUUGAUAUCGGAGUGUACUGCCUGCAGUUUGUGCUGAUGGUGUUCAACGGCGAGAGGCCGGAGUCCAUCCAGGCCACGGGGGUGCUGCUCGACUCAGGAGUGGAUGAGUCAGUGGUCGUGGUGAUGAAAUUCUCCAGGAAGAGGAUUGCCUUCUGCACCUUUUCAAUCGCAGCUCGGCUCCCAAACGACGCCUUCAUCAGCGGCACCAACGGCUCCAUUCAGGUCUUGGGCCCCAUGCACUGCCCCACCACCCUGGUGGUGAACAACAAGAAAACGGAGCACCCUCUGCCUGAACCGCACCUCCCGCUCAAUUUCACCAACAGCACCGGACUUCGUUAUGAGGCAGAGGAAGUGAGGCAGUGUCUGCUUAAAGGACUGAAGGAGAGCCCACGGAUGCCUCUGGCGGACUCCGUCCUGCUGACGGAGAUCAUGGAUGAAAUCAGGAAGCAGGUGGGAGUCGUCUUCAGCCAGGACAGCCAGUGACAUCGCUCCGGAGCGGGGCUCUUUCACCUGACCUAAACCCGCUCGGGUGGAGUAGAGGGAGCCGCUGGAGGCUGGCGGUGGAUUUCUGGGAUGAGCAGAUCACUCGUGACACCGUGUGACAAAGCCUGAGCCGCUGCCGUGUCUCUGAGGCGACUUCUCUCGCCACCGAAUUAAAGAACCAGUAAAUGAUUGGAACGUCUAAUUUGUGUGUGU